UGCCACAGAGGCAUUGCAGACAGCGCGUUUGGGAGGUGUAGUGGAAGAAAGGCAAAGAAACGGAGUAAAUGAGAGCACUUUUGUCCAGAUUGUUGAAGGACUUAUCAACUUAAAAUACCGCCGAAACUGCUCACUAGAAUGAGACGGACACAUUGUUGAAUUCCUGUCCAGGUAAAUGUCCGCGUUUCCUUCGCAUGGUUAACUACAAGAGGUCGACAGCUAGACAGGAAUAGGUAACCACCAUUGAGAAGGCGGCUGUAAACCCCAGGACCCCGUCUCCAGGCUUCUGCACAGGGCUGAGUGAAGGACACUUAGGAAACAAAGCUGUGUCUCUCCCUGUGGGAAACCUGGAUCCUCCACCCUGCCCACCAACAUGACCAAUGUGGUGAUUGUCAAGGAGGGAUGGCUGCAUAAAAGAGGAGAAUACAUCAAGACCUGGAGGCCGAGGUAUUUUCUCCUGAAGAGUGAUGGUACAUUCAUCGGCUACAAAGAGCGACCACAAGAUGUUGACCAGCUGGAAACCCCCUUAAAUAACUUCUCUGUCGCACAGUGCCAGCUGAUGAAGACGGAACGGCCUAAGCCCAACACAUUCAUCAUCCGCUGCCUGCAGUGGACCACUGUCAUCGAGCGCACUUUCCACGUGGAGACCCCCGAGGAGAGGGAAGAGUGGACCAAAGCCAUCCAGGCAGUGGCUGAAGGCCUGCAGAAACAGGAGGAGGAGAUGAUGGACUCCUCUCCAGACCCCAUGGACAUGGAGGUCUACCUGACCAAAAUCAGACACAAAGUGACUAUGCACGACUUUGAAUACCUCAAACUCCUGGGAAAAGGCACUUUUGGCAAAGUCAUUCUGGUAAAGGAGAAGGCCACAGGACGCUACUACGCCAUGAAGAUCCUAAAGAAGGAGGUGAUCGUAGCGAAAGAUGAAGUGGCGCACACACUCACAGAGAACAGAGUCCUCCAGAAUUCAAAGCAUCCGUUCUUGACAGGCCUUAAAUACUCCUUCCAGACACAUGACCGCCUGUGCUUCGUCAUGGAGUAUGCAAAUGGUGGCGAGCUUUUCUUCCAUCUAUCUAGGGACCGUGUGUUCUCAGAGGAGAGGGCUCGUUUCUACGGUGCAGAGAUUGUGUCGGCGCUGGACUACCUGCAUGCUGAAAGAAACGUGGUCUAUCGAGAUCUAAAGCUGGAAAACCUCAUGCUGGACAAAGACGGACACAUAAAGAUCACAGACUUUGGCUUGUGUAAAGAGGGGAUCAAAGAUGGCGCCACCAUGAAAACUUUCUGCGGGACACCGGAGUAUCUCGCUCCUGAGGUGCUAGAAGACAAUGACUAUGGACGUGCUGUGGACUGGUGGGGUCUGGGGGUGGUCAUGUAUGAGAUGAUGUGCGGCAGACUGCCUUUCUACAACCAGGACCAUGAGAAGCUGUUCGAGCUCAUCCUUAUGGAGGACAUCCGCUUUCCUCGCACACUCGGCCCUGAGGCACGCUCACUGCUUUCAGGCUUGCUCAAGAAAGACCCAAUGCAGAGGUUAGGUGGUGGGCCUAACGAUGCCAAGGAAAUCAUGCAGCACAAGUUCUUUGCAGGAAUUGAAUGGCAAGAUGUCUAUGAGAAGAAGCUGGUCCCGCCGUUUAAGCCCCAAGUUACCUCGGAGACAGACACACGAUAUUUUGACGAGGAGUUCACAGCACAGACCAUCACCAUUACACCACCCGGACAAGAUGACAGUAUGGAAUCCUUCGAUAGCGAGCGGAGACCCCACUUCCCCCAGUUUUCCUACUCUGCCAGUGGAACGGCCUGAAACGACUCUGACACAUUUCUCUGGCCCCCUUCACCCCACCCGACUGCACUCUCAAAAAGACCAGGGGACCUCAGCCUUGUCCUCUCUGCAAUGUCUGCUGUUGGAUGCUGUUGGUGGAUGUAACAUUUACAGUCUGCAAGUUGUGUUUUAUUCCAGGAAGAAGGAAAUUGAAAACAAAGAUAGCUGUGGUUGUUUGGUGAGGCCUUUGAAGACUGACCACACUGAGUUAACACUACUCUGCAUUUCCUGGUUGUUAUGUCGUAUACUGAGCAGGCAUCCAUACUCCAUAAUGAACAGGAUAAUACAGUAUUUGUUAUACACAGAUGAGGCCACUGAUGUCAAUUCUGAAAAGGGCCAUUUUUGUACUAAAAUACAACUGAAACUGAAUAUCAAUCAUUUCAAAUAGAAAACAGGCAGGCUGUGGACCAAAACCAUUGUGAGCAGUAAGUGUGUUUGUUGAGUGGGUAAUGAAUCUGUUUCUCUUGAAGAUUCCCGAACAAUUCAGAAAACUAGAAUUUAAAGUGAAUGUACCGUAUCAAAUAAAGUCAAUCUUUCUGCAUAUGCAUGUGGCUGAUUCUCCUAAGGACUGAAAUCUUCUGGAGAUAAUUUUUAACACUUUUCUACUUCCCUAAUGCAAAACUGACACCAAUUCAAUCUUUUAUCCUCAUUCUCUACUUUGAUGAGUCUGAUAAAUCAAUUGUGCAAUUGUGAGGAAAGAAUGCAGAGUAGUUAAUCAUUAAGGUAAAGACUCUCCUGCUUCUUUUCUCUGUACUGUUUGCACAUCAGAGUCACUGAGAAACCCCCCGGUUUUCUGGUCAGGAUCAUAAAAUCCUCCCCUCCUCCCCCCAAGUAAGUGCUUAUAGCUCCUGAUGCCUUCCUCUGGAUGCUGCAGACUCCUCCUUGUUUCUCUCUUCUUUCUUAUCGGGUUUUUCCUCCAUGUACAGUUCAGUAUUGGGUGUUUUUUUCCCCACCCAGUGCAUUCACUGCAGCCUCAAUGAGGUCACUUAAACAUGAUUCACUUCUUUAGGAAUACAAACAAAGUAGGCUUCAGGGGAAAAGUCAUCCUUUAUUUGUUACUUUGAGUUAUUUAUACAAGACCAGCAUUGACUAAAAUAAGUUUUACUGUGCCAAUGAUAUGCACUUUGCUGUCCCAAAAUGAUUGUAUUUGGACUUAUUUGUACUUUAAGGUUGGUUAAGACUAAAUUUUUUUGUAAUGUAAAUUCAAAUGUGGAAACAAAAAAGAUUUUUGUUUGAAUGAUAACUCCCCUUUUUACAGACAAUAGAGAUUCUUAAGAACUGAAGCUCUUAUUUGAAAGUGUACUGAGAAGUUUCAAGCGCUUCAGUAUUUUUCUAAUGGCUGAUAAUCAUUUGUCAAAAGUGCAUCAUACGUAAAUGAAUGUAAUGGUUUUUAUGAUAUUGUUUUCACUUCAAUCUUUUUGUUCAGUUUUUGAAUCUGAUUGUUACUUAUUUCCUAUGCACGCUCACCUCUUUGCUGUCAUCUGCUGAAAAUAGGGAAAUUCAUUUUAUACUUUUUAUUUUUUAACUUUUUUGUACCUGCCCUCCCAUAUUCCUGAGACUGAGGACACCAGCUUUAGUAAACAAAUAAUAUAAACUUUGUACACUGUUUUUACUUGUUUCUCUAAAAUUGAUGAAAUA